CGAACAAUAAAGUUGCUUACGUCAUCACUGAGCGACCCGGAAGUGUCGCCCACGUGUAUGAAAGGGAGACUGCAACGCGACAGCUGCGCCGCUGAUUGUCAUCUGUGAUCCAUACAUUGGUGUCUUGCAGGGAUUGAUAGUCAGCAUGAGUUUUAUGGAGUACAGGGAAUUGAUUCAAGAUGGAGACACAGCGAUUGUAUUUUUGGGCCACGAUUCCAUGUUCCCAGUCACUAUCCAACAAGGAGGCCAGACACAAACGAAAUAUGGAGUCAUCAGGCAUUCCACUGACUUAAUAGGGAAACGUUAUGGUUCCAAGGUAACUUGCAGCAAAGGAGGCUGGGUAUACAUUCUAUAUCCAACCCCGGAAUUAUGGACCAUGAACCUUCCUCACCGCACUCAGAUUCUAUAUUCUACUGAUAUCUCCAUGAUUACUAUGAUGCUGGAGUUGAAGCCGGGGUCAGUGGUCUGUGAAUCAGGUACAGGCAGCUGUUCUCUUUCCCAUGCAAUCAUACGCACCGUGGCCCCAACAGGACACCUUUACACAGUGGAGUUCCACCAGCAGAGAGCGGAGAAAGCUAUGGAAGAGUUCCGGCAGCAUAAAGUAGAUAAUCUGGUUACUGUAAAGAACCAAGACGUAUGUAAGAAUGGAUUUGGCGUAUCUCACGUUGCAGAUGCUGUCUUUCUAGACAUUCCAUCCCCCUGGGAGGCUAUUGGUCAUGCCAAGGAUGCUCUAAAGAUUGAAGGUGGCAGAGUCUGCUCCUUUUCUCCCUGUAUUGAGCAAGUGCAGAGGACGUGUCUGGCUCUGGAAGAACACGGCUUUACAGAGAUCAACACCCUGGAAAUUCUCCUCCGGAUAUAUGAUGUACGGACAGUCAGUUUGCAAAUCCCAGAUUUAGGAAAAGCAGUAGAAGAAAAAGGAAGCUCCGAGAGCAGUGAUGCUUCCAAGCAAGUGUCUGUGUUCCAGCAGGGUAGUGCAUUGUUUAAAAGUGGUGUUUCUCCUCGGGAAACAGUGGGUCACACCGGGUACUUGACCUUUGCCACCAAGAGUUUAUUAUUUUAAGCAUUCCAGCAGAUAAAAAAUGCAUACUGUAAAUGUCAUUUAAAAGUUCCAUAUAUAGACAGACAAGCGAAAAAAUGCAGUUGUGUAAACAGCACAUUGAUGCCGGACCGGCAGAGACUGUCGUAGAGUUUGUGGAGCUCCGUUCCUCUAUGACAGGAACAGGAGCACUCUUUACACAAUGUGUGAAUAAUUAAACCAGUUUCUGUUGCUUUUUUUAUCAUCUUGUCAGAGUAUUAUUGUAAUUGUGGGAUAAGCCCAUAGGUGAUUAUAUUAAUUCUUUCCCUUGGUGGUUGCCAUAUUAAAGGGGUACUCCAGUGGAAAACUUUUUU